AUGGUGGCCAACAGCAAAAUGCCAAGAAACCCAACCGCCAAGUACGUAUGCAACUACGAGUUCGACCCAAACGACAAGAGAGUUUCGGUCCGAAUGACGGACGAUGAAAUCUGCCAGCUGGUACAUGACACCAGCAAGGUUCCCAGCAGCCACAUGGCUAUAGCCAUUGACAUUAUAGCCAAAAGACACGAUUUGGUCAACAAUUAUGAUGUUAUGAUCAACUUCAUGCACCUGCAUACGGAAACAUUGUGGGAACUUAGGGCGUUCGUUGACCAUUACAGCGCAAAUAGGCAAUUGGGUAAGUUAUGGUUUGUAAGAUAUUCUUAGAAGUUCUUGGGACUUAAGUUAUCACUUCGAUCAUUCAAGUUAGGAUGUAUUAGAUGCCGACAUAAAGAACCCGCCAUUUUUACACAAAAUUACAGGAAAAGUAUGGCGGUUUCUUUAUGUCGGCACCUAAUAUUAGCAAAAAUUAGGCCUAAAUGCCUUAGGCUUAACGAUUUUAAGUUCGAAUAAAGAAUAAAGCGUUACCAAUGAAAAUGAUAGUUCAUAUUAGCUUAAAAUACCUUUUAUUAAACAAGUUUUUUCAGAACCAUCAAUUUCAUUAGACUAG